UUGGGAUGAAUUGAAAAGGAGGAGCUUUUGAGUUGGGGAUUUGAAAAGGGAGGCAAGGAACUGGAGUAUGGGCAUGCCGGAUUCGGAGGCGAAGCGUGUGGCGGAAGCGGAAGAAAUGUUUCCGGAUUUGCUGAAGAACUCGCCGAGUAAUAUCGCGAGAUUGGAAUAUGAGAUUGGCAAGUGUAAGGGCCACCAGAAGUACUUAGCUCAGACUAGAAGCCCGUCCGACGGCAGCGAUGUCCGGUGGUACUUUUGCAAAGUUCCAUUGGCGGAGAAUGAUAUGGCUGCUUCAGUCCCAAAGAGUGAGAUGGUGGGGAAAGGCGAAUAUUUUCGGUUCGGUAUGAGGGACUCUUUGGCAAUCGAGGCAUCGUUUUUGCAGAGGGAGGAAGAGUUGCUUUCUUGUUGGUGGAAGGAGUAUGCAGAAUGUAGCGAAGGCCCGAAAGAGCAGCCUGGUUCAAGUAAGAAGGUGGCUCAGCGGCAGAGUUCAUUUUCUUUAGAAAGAGGCCGGUCAGUUGAGUUAAAUCAACUGGAAGAAGAGAGAGUUGGUGUCCCUGUUAAGGGAGGGCUUUAUGAGGUAGAUUUACUGAAGCGAUGUUCUUUCCCUGUUUACUGGGAUGGAGAAAACCGGCGUGUCUUAAGAGGUCACUGGUUUGCUCGUAAAGGGGCUGAUUGGCUCCCAUUGCGUGAAGAUGUUUCUGAACAAUUAGAGGUUGUAUAUCGUAGUCAGGUUUGGCACCGGAGAACGUUUCAACCCUCUGGACUUUUUGCAGCUCGAGUUGAAUUGCAAGGCUCUACACCCGGACUCCAUGCGCUUUUCACAGGAGAAGAUAACACUUGGGAGGCUUGGCUAAAUAUAGAUGCUUCUGGUUUUUCUAGUGUCAUUUCUUUAGGUGGAAAUGGAAUGAAGUUAAGGCGUGGAUAUUCAGCAUCUCACUCUCCGAAACCCACCAAGGAUGAAUUGCGCCAGCAGAAGGAGGAGGAAAGGGAUGAUUAUUGCUCACAGGUUCCUGUUCGACACCUUGUUUUCAUGGUUCAUGGAAUUGGUCAAAGAUUGGAGAACUCCAAUUUAGUUGAUGAUGUAGCUAGUUUUCACCGUAUAACAGCAAGUCUUGCUGAAACACACCUUACUUCACACCAACGUGACUCCCAAAGGGUUCUUUUUAUCCCAUGCCAGUGGAGAAAAGGUUUGAAGCUAAGUGGUGAAACUGCAGUCGAAAAAUGUACUUUAGAUGGUGUUAAGGGUUUGCGUGUCAUGCUGAGUGCAACUGUUCAUGAUGUGUUAUACUACAUGAGUCCCAUCUAUUGUCAGGACAUCAUCGACGCGGUAUCCAACCAAUUAAAUCGGUUAUAUUUGAAAUUUCUUCGGAGAAAUCCAGGUUAUGAUGGAAAGGUUUCCAUAUUUGGUCAUUCUUUGGGAAGUGUCCUCUCCUAUGAUAUCCUUUGUCAUCAGGAGAAUUUUUCCUCCCUGUUUCCAAUGGAUUGGAUGUUCAAAGAACAUGCUAGAGACAGAGAACCUUCUCCUGAUAUCGACAAUCAAUCUACAUACAACACUCCAAGUAAUUUGGGAGAUGCAAUCACUUCUGUAAAUAAUCAAACUGAUGACAUUAUGGGUUCAAUUGAUGAUGGAAAUAUGAAUGCACAACCACCUCUAUUGAUACAUGAGGAUGGAAAUGCUGAAGAUGCCUCGAUUGUUGUUGGUUGCAACACAUCAGAUUCUAAUGAGGUUGUUGCACGGUCUGUGGACGCGAAACAACCACAUGGUGAUACAUUUGUCAAUGAAUCAGUUUGCCAAUCAAGCGACAUGCUUAAAUGGAAUGGGUUGGAUGAAACCAAAAGCAUAAACUGUGGAGUCCCAGUUGUUGGUCCUGAGGAUGUGGUUGAAGAAGUAUGCAAAGAAACGAACAAUAAAGACAAAGUAGUCAAAUUGCUGAGGGAAGAGAUUGAUGCACUCAAAUCCAAAAUAGCAGAAUUGGAGGCCAAAUGCGGUGAUAGAGGUCAUAGUCCAGGGUUGCAUCAAGAAAAUGAAGAGGUUCUUGCAACUGUGGCAAAGCAACCCAUUUCUGAGGAAUCGCCUGUUGUGCCAGAUGUCUCACCCAAGAAUCAUACCCCUUAUAUCACAUAUACAAAACUUGAAUUCAAGGUUGAUACAUUCUUUGCAGUUGGAUCACCCCUUGGGGUUUUUCUUGCCCUUCGUAAUAUUCGUAUUGGGAUUGGAAAGGGGAAAGAAUAUUGGGAAGAGGAAAAUAUAAGUGAGGAGAUGCCAGCUUGUCGGCAAAUAUUCAAUAUAUUUCACCCCUUCGAUCCUGUUGCAUAUAGAAUAGAACCACUUGUAUGUAAAGAAUACAUCGGCAAGCGACCUGUUAUCAUACCCUAUCACAAAGGUGGAAAGCGGUUGCAUAUUGGAUUUCAGGAAUUUACUGAAGAUUUAGCUGCUCAUUCUCAAACAAUAAUGGAUCGUCUAAACUUCGUAACGGUUAAAGUGCUGACAGUUUGCCAAUCAAGAAGCUUGGACAGCCUAGAAGCAGAAGAAUCAGAAACAACCCAAGAAAAGGAAGCAAGAUCAUACGGUUCCCUUAUGAUGGAAAGAGUAACAGGAAGUGAAGAAGGCCGGAUUGAUCAUGUGCUUCAAGAUAAGACAUUUCAACAUCCGUAUCUUGCUGCAAUUGGAGCACAUACAAACUAUUGGAGGGAUUAUGAUACUGCACUUUUCAUAUUGAAACGCUUGUACCAAGGAAUACACGAUGAAAGGUUACGUGAAGAAUCGAGUAGGCGAAAUUCAAAAACUGAGAGUGGUUUCACAGGUUGGUCUGAUCAAAGAGAGAAGGCAGAGGAGGAGCGUCCUUUGACAUUGUCUGAAAGAAGAAGACGCUAGAUUAGGUGGUAGCAGCAGGGAUUAAAACCAUUUGGAGUUGUACAACCGUAGCCUUUCUUUCUUCGACCAAUUUCUUCACAGCAGGAUGUCCAAUCUGUUCCAGCUUCCAUAAGACCGUGGCAGAUUGGAACUACUUCAAAAACCUCAAGUUAUGAUACGAAGGAUACUGUACUGGUAGCUUAGCUAGCUCCCUCCUUUGGUUAGAUUGGCGGGCGCCGGAGCGGAAGGUGCGUGAGGGUGUUAACGCGUAGGUGCACAGACUAGAUCUCUUCUUAUAUGCUGAAUGAAAUUAGUUAUAGAUUAUCGGAGUCGAGAAUGUCUGUAGAAUACUUAGUCGAGAAUUAUGAGUAGAAAGAAUUUAAUUCAUUGGAUAGUUUAAUUUAAUCUCUCUUUAUUCCGACACAUAAAUGAAGGGAUCGAAGAGAUUAUGGCAGAUCAUGUUCACCAAGAAAUAGACCCGAAAUUUUAUCUUGGUCCAUUUGAGGUUGUUCCUUUUAAUUGUAGUGAAAGAUGUUUUCUCGUCUCUCGUUUAUUUUCUGAACAAAUCGAAGAACCUAAUGAAUCGAAUUCAUCAUUGGCUAACA